GUCGGCACUCUCACAGGAAAACGCAAGAGGUAGAAUAACAAGUGUCAAAACAGAAGCACCAAGAAGAUGCUGGGAAUAAAAAAGAACACGACCCGUAAAAAGGUGUAUAAACAUUCCAGUUGUGUUAAGUUUCAUUCAACCGACUGCAGUUGUGUAAGACUACUGGCACGUUUCCUGACUAAAAAACAUUGACUAUGUAGUGUGUUUUGGACUUUAUUUCGGUAGAAUUCGGUGAAUGGUUUCCAUCCCACCACAGAACCAUUAUUAGACAGUUUCCAUACACAAAUUCAAAUAAAACCAUUCAAUCCAUUAGAAUAUUUCUCAUUUUUAUUUUCAGAAGGGUUGCCCAAAUCUGCACGCACCCGUCAUUACAUUUAAUAAAUGCCGGUAAAUAAGAUCUAGGCUAUAUUUAUCUGCGCUUUAACAGCGAGACGAAGUUUCCUUAUGACAUUUCCCCCAUCAUUUCCAAGCUAAGGAACAUUUAGUUUCGCUCUGAACACGAUUUCUUGUAAAUCGUUUCUGGGUUUCAUUUUGACUCGGACGAUGAUAAAAAGCGGGAAUCCCCUUGUAAAGACGCGUAUAUAAACACAACCUGUUCCUGGAGUCUGCACAAACUACCGCCGAAGCUCCGGCAGCGCGCAGCGAUCUUCUGAGCCUUCUACGCACGAACUUACCAUUGGUCAUUUUUGUGCCAUAUUCACAUGCAGACCGAACCACUCACUGCAGACUCGUUACAGUCUGGAUAAUUGAAAAUCCAUGAUUUGUUUGUCAAUUGGUUUCCAAGUGAAAGCAACUUGGUUGUUAGCUAUUGAAUGAACUAGUCCUUUAAGUCAUUGAAACGCUCAUAGUCCGCAGGAAUGAUAAAACUUCCGUGACUGGUGGAUCGCAUCGCUUUCGUUUUCUCCGUGUGAUAUGGGCUAUAUGGCUUCACCGCGUGCUCUGCGUUUGGACCGAGCGGAGAGGAUCAUGCACCGAAAGGAGGGGCCUUCUCGGUUCCCACAUGACGACUACAAGUGACAGUCAUUCUGGUUUGAUUGCAUUCAUCGUUAGUAAAUCAUGCCAGUUCCAGAACAGCCCGCUGAAGCCGAGAAGGCCACCAUGUUGAGCCCAGGGCUAAGUGCUUCUAACGGAGAUGGACCUGAAACAGAGACCACCUCUGCCAUCUUGGCAUCCGUCAAAGAGCAAGAGCUUCAGUUUGAAAGAUUAACUCGAGAGCUGGAGGCGGAGCGUCAGAUAGUUGCUACUCAAUUGGAGCGAUGCAAACUGGGAUCUGAGAAAGGCGGCAGCAUGACCAAUAUCAGUUCAGUGGAUGAUCAGUAUCGCUGGAAUACUCAAGACGGGCAGAAAGACAUUGAGGAAGAACUGAAUACAGGUCUGGAAUUGGUGGAUUCGUGUAUCCGUUCCCUGCAUGAGUCUGGAAUAUUGGAUCAUCAGGAAUACACCACAGCUGAUAGACCGAGUCUGCUUUCUCAGAGCUCACUGCAGCUCAGCUCGAACCCAGAGGGCUGUCUCCAGUAUUCCUCCAGCUACCAUAGUAACCAGACUCUGGCCCUGAGCGACUGCUUAACCACACCAAAAUCUCAGCCGCCUCAGCCUCCUCCACGCUCCAGCGGCCAGCCCGGGGGAGCCGUGCACAGCUACAAUCAGGUGACAUCUAACCGUGCGGCCCAGCUCGCGGCGGGUGACUCACAGACCCAGAGUCAUGGCAGUACCCUGCUGUCCGAUUCCCAGCAGCCCACUGCAGCGUCCGGUUCGGGCCUGUACUACUCCAGCUCCACUCUACCUGCCCAGCGCAUCAGCUCGCCCAUGAACUCAAUGCAGACCGCGGCAGCAAGCGGAUCCCCGACCAAACUGCAGCGUCUGGGUUCGGCCUCCGACACGCCCGGAUACGCCACCACCCAGCGCCUGCCCUCCACUUCCUCAUCGGCCUCCCCUAAGCCUUCACCUCGGAGACUUGCGAAAUCCUAUAGCAGUAGUUCACCUAUCAAUGCGGUGGGCAUCGGAGGAUCGCCCGGCGCGCACACUUCGGGCUCUCCUAUACGGCUAGCGUCUCCACCUAAUAACGCGUCGCCCAUCUACCAGCAGCUGCAGUCGGCAGGAGUGUCCACGUACGCCACUCUCACGCCCACCAAAAGACUCGUGCACUCAUCUGAUCAGUACAAGAUAUCCCACGAUCUGUACGCAACGGCUACUUUACAGAGACCUGGCAGCCUUGCUGGAUCUCGAGGUUCCUACAGCGGUCAGCACGCCCACCUGGCCCCCGAACUGAGGCCCCUGCAGUCCCCCGAGCAUCACAUUGACCCUAUAUAUGAGGAUAGAGUAUAUCAGAAAGUCCCGAUGAGAAGUCUGAGCCAGAGUCAGGGAGAAGCGCUCCCUCCAGGCCAUACUGGAGCCUACCGGAAUAACACAGCCCCAUCCUCCCCUGGUGUUGACUCCGUACCCUUGCAGCGAACAGGAAGUCAAAAUGCCACAGGGACGUUUCCUCGGGGUGGCUACUCCUCCGGCCAGGGCGCCAACUAUGCUGACUCUUACCGCACCUUGCCAUACUGCUCGUCCGUGGAGUCACCCUACAGCAAGUCGGGUCCUGCCCUGCCACCAGAGGGCAACCUGGCACGCUCUCCCUCUAUAGACAGCAUACAGAAGGAUCCCAGGGAGUUCGGCUGGCGAGACCCGGAGUUGCCCGAAGUCAUUCAGAUGCUACAGCACCAGUUUCCUUCGGUUCAGUCGAACGCAGCGGCGUAUCUGCAGCAUCUGUGCUUCGGAGACAACAAGAUUAAAGCCGAGAUACGGAGGCAAGGUGGCAUCCAGCUAUUGGUGGACCUGUUGGAUCACAGGAUGGCUGAGGUACACAGAAGCGCCUGCGGUGCCCUGAGGAACCUUGUGUACGGAAAGGCCAACGAUGAUAAUAAAAUCACCCUUAAGAACUGCGGAGGCAUCCCUGCACUGGUACGCCUGCUCCGGAAGACCUCGGACGUGGAGGUCAGAGAACUAGUUACAGGUGUUUUGUGGAACCUGUCAUCAUGUGAUGCUCUGAAGAUGCCUAUAAUCCAGGACGCUCUGGCAGUGUUGACCAACACAGUGAUUAUACCCCAUUCCACCUGGGACGUCUCUCCACACCAGGAGGACCGCAAACUACAAAUGCACACUUCCCAAGUCCUUCGAAAUGCCACAGGCUGCCUGAGGAAUGUAAGUUCGGCAGGGGAGGAAGCUCGGAGGCGGAUGAGAGAAUGUGACGGCCUGACUGACACGCUGCUUUUUGUCAUCCAGACUUCACUCGGAAGCAGUGAGAUUGAUAGCAAGACCAUAGAAAACUGUGUAUGCAUCUUGAGGAACCUCUCGUAUCGGCUAGCAGCUGAAACGUCUCAGGGACAGCAGAUGGGGACAGAAGAGCUGGAUGGUCUCCUGUGCAGCGACUCCGGAGGAAAGGACGGAGAGACCUCGGGCUGCUGGGGGAAGAAGAAGAAAAAGAAGAAGUUCCAGGAUCAGUGGGAUGGUGUCGGCCCGUUGCCAGACACUGCCGAGCCCCCCAAAGGGAUUCAGAUGUUGUGGCAUCCUUCGAUAGUAAAGCCCUACCUCACCCUGCUGUCUGAGUGCUCAAACCCUGACACGCUGGAAGGGGCCGCCGGGGCAUUGCAGAACCUGGCUGCAGGAAGCUGGAAGUGGUCUGUAUACAUCCGUGCAGCAGUGAGGAAAGAAAAGGGUCUGCCCAUCCUCGUGGAGCUACUGAGGAUAGACAACGACCGCGUGGUGUGUGCGGUCGCCACCGCGCUCAGAAACAUGGCCUUGGACGUCAGGAAUAAAGAGUUAAUCGGUAAGUACGCAAUGCGAGACCUCAUCCAUCGCCUGCCAGGCGGAAGUAAUGCUACCGGGGGCACUGCCAACAGCACAGCGGGUAAAACCAUGUGCGACGACACGGUUACAGCUAUAUGCUGCGCCCUGCACGAGGUCAUCACCAAGAAUAUGGAGAACACCAAGGCCUUACGAGACACGGGUGGCAUCGAGAAGCUCAUCGGUAUUGCUCGGAGUAAAGGAGACAAACACUCACCUAAAGUAGUGAAAGCAGCUUCUCAGGUUCUCAGCAGCAUGUGGCAGUACCGAGAUCUCCGGAGCCUUUAUAAAAAGGAUGGUUACUCACAGUAUCACUUUGUUGGCUCUGCCUCAACAAUAGAGAGAGACAGACAGAGACCGUACUCAUCCUCACGUACUCCGUCUGUAUCCCCGGUCCGGAUGUCCCCCAACAACCGAUCUGCCAGCGCCCCUGCCUCACCCAGAGAGAUGAUCAGCCUCAAGGACAGGAAGAGCGACUACGACUCCACUGGAACCAACGCCGGUUACCAUGGAAACAAAGGAGAGCACACUUCCAGAAAAGACACAAUGGCAGUUCAAACCUCCUGUGGAAUAUCCACAUUGUUCCGGAACUCAUACGAUACUUCAAAUGAAGAGAUCAAACACAACCAGGUCCCGGCACCACCCGCACCCCAGGAGCCCCCACGCAAAGACUACGAGGCAUAUCCUAUCUACCAAAACUCCACUAGGAACUUUGAGGAGCCAUUUUUUGAAGAUCCGGUCCAUCGUGCCCCUCCCACCACUGAUAUGAAUAUGCACCUGGGACUCAAGUCCACCGGAAAUUACGUGGACUUCUAUUCCGCUGCCCGCCCCUAUAGUGAACUCAACUACGAAACAAGUCACUACCCCGCCUCUCCGGACUCUUGGGUUUAGGACUUCACGAACCCGAGGGUCCUGCGGACGGGAGGCGCGGCAUGUGGAGAGGCCGGGAAACUGCAUGUGCAUGCAUAUCACAAAACAUUUCUCAGCAAGUUUUGUUCGUCUAAGCUGGUUCCAUGGUGAAUGUGAGCAAGAAGAGAGAGAGAUGGAGAGAGAGCUGAUGGAGAGAGAGAGGAGACGCAGAUAAAACAAAUCCUUGAGGAGAGACAGAGAAAGAAUGCAUGAGAGAUGAAAAAAGCACAUAUUUUAAAGGAAGCAAAAGCUUAACCUUUGGAGUAGCGUGUGGGUUUGAAAAGUGUAGGUUAUUAAAGAAAGUGCACAAGUAUAGUAUAGGAAGGGAGGGGUAUGUAAGCACAAGAAAAUCAAGUUAGUAUGAGGUACGGAAACAGCUUGUCACCCUUUCGAAACGUCCUUUUCAUUUGAUGUCAUGCAAAGGAUCUUGACUAGUAAGAAAUAUUCGUUUUCUCCAUGGUUUUUCCUCUAUUUUUGCUUAAUUUUUUAUUUGAUCUUUUUUAAUUUGUUGAUGUAAAGUAUUUGGUGUACAUUAAAGAAAUGCAUUACACAAGUGCAUUGUGUAGAAAUUACACAGACCACCUGGAUCUUCCUGUGGUUUGGAUGUCGUUUUACAGUUCAAAGAAAAACAACAAAAAAAACUCCUUUCCCCGGAUGUUUAAAGCGCGAGGAUGUGUAAGCCAGUGUUGUUCAUUCUAAAAAUGUGAAAAUGUUUGUGGAAACUAUCGCAGAUCAAAAGCAGUUCAAGACCAGAGCAUCAUUCCACACUUCUCCUCAAUGAAGUGCUUUCUCACUGCCUAAAAGAAUCAAUGUUUGGUUUUUUUUCCUAAACUUGGUGUGGAAGUCAAAUUGUCAUCCAUAUUUGUCUUGUUUUAGACCUCUACUUGAGUUCUCUGUGCUAAAUAAUUGAUAUGAUAACUAACAUGGUGCCAAAUUUUACCUCUCUUAGAUCAGCACUGGAGACAUUUUUAGGUUACUAGUUCUUUCUUCGAUUUGUACCUGCUUUUUUUGUUCUCAAGUGUGUUUUUCUGGAAUUAAGCUAUACGUCUAAAAAACACUGGAGGGCAAAAUGUUUGCAAGCUUAAUUCCCUCCAAAGAUGUACAAAACCUGUCUCUCGAUGUUAGUUGAGUGUGUGCUGUAUGUCAGUCAGUGUUUGGUUUGAGAGCUUUUGUUUCUGACAGGUGACUUUCGUUUGACAAAAGGUAAUGAACUGCUACGCCGAAAUGUUAAUAGAGAAUGAUAAAUAUAUAAAUAUGAAUAUACAUAUAAAUAUAGAUCUAUAUCAUUUUUAUGUGCAGAUGUCAGUGUCUGAAAGCAACAAAGCAGAAAAAGACUUGUACAAAUCGAUUCUGUUUUCCUUUAUGUCAAACAGAGAAAAGAAAAUGAAACUUGAAAUGUUGACUUGGUCCAAGUUGUGUUGUUAAGCUACAUAGAUAAUCACGCUGGAUUUGGAUGAUGUUCUGAUGUCAGAACAAUAAACUACUCUUUGCGAUUUAGAGAUGGUUUUAAUGCGCAAAUUCAUUUCAUUUCAGUUUUUUGUGUUUAGAUAUCUAUUGACAGCACGGUAUACAUUGCAUGCGUAUAAACUUUUGGAUAUUUCCGAAGGUGGAUCACAUCAAGCUUCUCUCUGGAUACCCAGAAUUCCUUGUCACUCUAAACCUUCAUCCCCUCCAGCUAGGUGCAGAAUUGUCAAAGCCACAGCCGUCCAAAUGUUCUAUCACCGUGAUAUGGCACGUUCCCUUGGAAACCGAAAAACACAAGCCAGACGUGCCGGUCUUGAAUCCCUCCUAUAAUCCAUUGCUCAGAACUGAGCACAGUUUCAAAGCGUUACAUUCCCAGCAGGCUUUGCAUGUUGUCCAACAAGACGUGUCUCGCUCCCUAACCAUUCACACAUGGGCACGCACACACAAAGGCAGGGAGCCUGUACCUGUUAUCGCUCCUAUCAAGAGAUUGUCAACAUGAAGUGUGUCAUGUGAUGAGAGCGCUUUGAGCUCCUCUCUCAUGUGGCGGCUCAUGCCUGCUGAGGCAUUAUGGGGAUUAAGAAUCAGACACCUUAAAUGUAGUCUUUUGCGACGGGCUGUAGCUCUUGGUCGCCUGCUGUAAGCUGUAUUGCCAAUUACUUUUGUGCGUUGUGUGAGUUUUUACCCUCAGCUUUACGUGGCCUCAUUACAGAAGCAAACAGGAACGUCCAGAGAUGUUGUGAGAGUUCGAGGAUUUUGUAAAGCGUGAUUACCAGGCCAUCAGAAUUCAUAAAUACAUUUCUGUGGUCAAAAUAAAUCAUUAAUCUGAUCUGGAAUGUUAAAUGUGCAAACUUUCUUUCGAGACAGCAUGUUAACAUAUCAGUCGAUUGAUUAAGACAAUCUAUUACUGUACCUUUAUCAAAUAGAGUUUUUAAAUAUCCGUAUCCAGCAAACAUAAAUGACUGAAACAUAAA